GGCGGCGUAUUAACGUCACGACACGCGCGGCGCCGACGAGUGAUAUCAGCGGGGCGGGGUGGCCUGGGACAGGGGUCGGACGCCGGGAGUAUGUCAGCUCUGACCUGGCUGGUGCCUUUCUCGCGCGUCGGAGGCCGCCUCUUUCGAGGUUACCGAGCGCGGGCAGCGGGAGGCAGUGGAGUCCGUCAUGCUGCUGGUGGUGCGCAUGCCCAGCCCUAUUACAGAGCGUUUCCCCAGCCCACCAGGUAUGAGGUGAUCCGGGCUGAGGUCUUAAGUGGAUUCAUGUGGUUCUGGAUUCUCUGGCACUUCUGGCAUGACUCGGAAGCUGUGUUGGGUCACUUCACAUAUCCAGACCCUUCGCAGUGGACAGAUGAAGAAUUAGGUAUCCCUCCUGAUGAUGAAGACUGAAAAUAUGGACUCACCUCCUUAUAAGAAAGAGCAAGGUGAGAAUGUCAAGAAAUUAUGGACUUCCUAUUGUACAUUAAAGUUGUAAAUUAAAGUGGUUUGGCCAAGAAUGAG